AAUGCGGAGCUGGGUCUGGCGCGGCAGGAAGGCGGGACUGCCAGUGGGGCGCCGGGGCGGGGCGGAGAGCCGAGCGCCAACCCGCUAGCGCCUGAACCCGGCGUGCUGCCCGCUCGCCGCCCGCCAUGGCCCGCGCAGCCCCGCUGCUCGCCGCGUUGACCGCGCUCCUCGCCGCCGCCGCUGCUGGCGGAGAUGCCCCGCCGGGCAAAAUCGCGGUGGUUGGGGCUGGGAUUGGGGGCUCUGCUGUGGCCCAUUUUCUCCAGCAGCACUUUGGACCUCGGGUGCAGAUCGACGUGUACGAGAAGGGAACCAUGGGUGGCCGCUUGGCCACCAUCUCAGUCAACAAGCAGCACUACGAGAGCGGGGCUGCCUCCUUCCACUCCCUGAGCCUGCACAUGCAGGACUUCGUCAAGCUGCUGGGGCUGAGGCACCGGCGCGAGGUGGUGGGCAGGAGCGCCAUCUUCGGCGGGGAGCACUUCGUGCUGGAGGAGACUGACUGGUACCUGCUGAACCUCUUCCGCCUCUGGUGGCACUAUGGCAUCAGCUUCCUGAGGCUGCAGAUGUGGGUGGAGGAGGUCAUGGAGAAGUUCAUGAGGAUCUAUAAGUACCAGGCCCACGGCUAUGCCUUCUCGGGUGUGGAGGAGCUGCUCUACUCACUGGGGGAGUCCACCUUUGUUAACAUGACCCAGCACUCUGUGGCUGAGUCCCUGCUGCAGGUGGGCGUCACGCAGCGCUUUAUUGAUGAUGUCGUUUCUGCUGUCCUGCGGGCCAGCUAUGGCCAGUCAGCAGCGAUGCCCGCCUUUGCAGGAGCCAUGUCACUAGCCGGGGCCCAAGGCAGCCUGUGGUCUGUGGAAGGAGGCAAUAAGCUGGUUUGUUCCGGUUUGCUGAAGCUCACCAAGGCCAAUGUGAUCCAUGCCACAGUGACCUCUGUGACCCUGCACAGCACAGAGGGGAAAGCCCUGUACCAGGUGGCGUAUGAGAAUGAGGUAGGCAACAGCUCUGACUUCUAUGACAUCGUGGUCAUCGCCACCCCCCUGCACCUGGACAACAGCAGCAGCAACUUAACCUUUGCAGGCUUCCACCCGCCCAUUGAUGACGUGCAGGGCUCUUUCCAGCCCACCGUCGUCUCCUUGGUCCACGGCUACCUCAACUCGUCCUACUUCGGUUUCCCAGACCCUAAGCUUUUCCCCUUUGCCAACAUCCUUACCACAGAUUUCCCCAGCUUCUUCUGCACUCUGGACAACAUCUGCCCUGUCAACAUCUCUGCCAGCUUCCGGCGAAAGCAGCCCCAGGAGGCAGCUGUUUGGCGAGUCCAGUCCCCCAAGCCCCUCUUUCGGACCCAGCUAAAGACCCUGUUCCGUUCCUAUUACUCAGUGCAGACGGCUGAGUGGCAGGCCCAUCCCCUCUAUGGCUCCCGCCCCACGCUCCCGAGGUUUGCACUCCAUGACCAGCUCUUCUACCUCAAUGCCCUGGAGUGGGCGGCCAGCUCCGUGGAGGUGAUGGCCGUGGCUGCCAAGAAUGUGGCCUUGCUGGCUUACAACCGCUGGUACCAGGACCUAGACAAGAUUGAUCAAAAAGAUUUGAUGCACAAGGUCAAGACUGAACUGUGAGGACUCUAGGGAGAGCCUGGGAACUUUCAUCCCCCACUGAAGAUGGAUCAUCCCACAGCAGCCCAGGACUGAAUAAGCCAUGCUCGCCCACCAGGCUUCUUUCUGACCCCUCAUGUAUCAAGCAUCUCCAGGUGACCUACUGUCUGCCUAUAUUAAGGGUCCACAUGGCGGCGGCUGCUUUUUUUUAAGGGGGAAAGUAAGAAAAGAGAAGGAAAUCCAAGCCAGUAUAUUUGUUUUAUUUAUUUUUUUUAAGAAGAAAAAAGUUCAUCUUCACAAGGUGCUUCAGACUUGGUUUCUUAGCUAGAAACCAGAAGACUAAGGGAGGGAAUAUAAGGCAGAGAACUAUGAGUCUUAUUUUAUUACUGUUUUUCACUACCUACUCCCACAAUGGACAAUCAAUUGAGGCAACCUACAAGAAAACAUUUACAACCAGAUGGUUACAAAUAAAGUAGAAGGGAAGAUCAGAAAACCUAAGAAAUGAUCAUAGCUCCUGGUUACUGUGGACUUGAUAGAUUUGAGGUACCUAGUUCAGAACUCCCUAGUCACCAUCUCCAAGCCUGUCAACAUCACUGCAUAUUGGAGAUGACUGUGGUAGGACCCAAGGAAGAGAUGUGUGCCUGAACAGUCGUCACCAUAUCUCCAAGCUUCCUGGCAACCAGUGGGAAAAGAAACAAGCGAGGCUGUAGGAAGAGGGAAGCUUUUCCUUGGCACCUAGAGGAAUUAGCCAUUCUCUUCCUUAUGCAAAGAUUGAGGAAUGCAACAAUAUAAAGAAGAGAAGUCCCCAGAUGGUAGAGAGCAGUCAUAUCUUACCCCUAGAUGUUCAUCCCAGCAGAAGAAAGAAGAAGGUGUUGGGGUAGGAUUCUUCAGAGGUUAGGCUGGUACUUUCUCAUCAGACACUAGCUUGAAGUAAGAGGAGAAUUAUGCUUUUCUUUGGUUUUUCUACAAACCCUUAAAAAUCACUUGUUUUAAAAAGAAAGUAAAAGCCCUUUUCAUUC